AUGCCAAACAUUACUGUCACAGUACACUCAACCGCAGUUAAUGUCCCAUUCGAUGCACAUCGUGCAGCUGAGCAAGCCGACAAUCUGAAUCAACAGGUGGAGAGUUUGAAUGCAUGCAUCGCCAAUGAGCCUGUUGUGGAUGAUUCAGAUAACCAGUGGAUGGGUGUUGAGGAUGAAGCUACCCACCAAUUCCCUGAUACGCAACCUUGGGUGCCAUUUCAAUCUCGCCUAGACUUCAAGGUAGCUGAACUUGCUCAUGAAGCUGCCCUUAGCCAGCCUCAAAUUGACCGGCUGAUCAACCUUUUGCAUCGCUCGAAGCAGGAUUCAGAGUCUUUCACCCUCCGCAACUACAAAGAUGUUCGGAACACAUUUACAAAGCAAACAAUCCAAGUGCCUUACAAUGGGGUUGAUCAAGAAUUCACCCUUUGCUACCGGGACUUAUGGGACUGGGCAUGCGACCUCCUUCGAGACCCUUAUAUUGGCCCCCAAUUUACCUUUGACGCUCAACGCCUGUCAAAGUUUGAUGGGAAUACAUUUGUGAGAUUUAUCGAUGAGCCUUGGACUGCAGAUAGGUUUUGGGAGGCUCAGUCAUCUAUGCACGGCCAUGCAAAGCCACUUGCAUUUAUCCUCUAUGCAGAUAAGGCAAAGUUGUCUUCCUUUGGUCGCAAAAAAGGCUACCCUGUGAUUGCCUGUAUUGCAAACCUCCCAGCAUCCAUCCAAAAUGGCGAAGGGGUUGGUGGCGGUCGAGUUGUCGCAUGGCUCCCCAUUGUCAAAGAUGAUCCCUCGAAGUCGGGAAACCCAAAAUUUGCGGAUUUCAAAGUGGCGGUUUGGCAGGAGUCCUUCAAGCUCAUACUCAAGUGUCUUAGAUCGAAGAGGAAGCAUGGUGGAUGGGUUGAGUGUUGGGAUAAACUUCAACGCCUUUUCUUUCCUUUUGUCCCGAUCUUGUCUGCAGACUACAAGGAGCAAUGUGUUAUGUCCCUGAUCCAUGGAGUCAUGGGAAAAUUUCUGUGUCCCAUUUGCUUGGUUCCCCAUGACGAGUUACAUAGUCUGUUGGACACCUGGCCACUUUGCACAUGUCGCAAUUCUGUUCGCCUGCUCAGGAAGGCAAGAAGGAAGACCACUAAGGCAAAAGAUGUUGAACUUCUGGACGUCUUUCAUGCCCUUUGUUUUGACCGCCUACAUACCCACCAUGAAGGACUGUGGGGGAAACACUUGUGGAUCGAGCUGCAAAAAUGGAUUAAUGAAGCCGGUAGACAAGCUGCGACUAUGAUAGAUGAAGGGUUUGCAGCAGCGCCAAGGUGGUGGAAUCUCAACCACUUCAAGGAAGUCAUGGGAAUUAGCUUCGCUGACGGGACAAAGUACGAAGACAUAUUAAAGUUGAUCGUGUUUGUUGCUCAUGACAUACUCGAUCCUGAAGUACACAAGCAAGGAUAUCUCCUCCUUCAAUGUAUUCGAGCCCAUUUAGAUGUAGACAUGUUCGCAGCUCUUGAAGUGCACACCAUGGAGACCCUUGCUGCUGGUCGAGCCGCUCUUGGUGAGUUUUCUAGACUCAUGGAUAAUUGGAAUUUUCCAAAGGAUCACUUAGCUGUUCACCUUUUUGACGAUAUCAAGGCCAAAGGAGUUACUCGGAAUUUCAACACCAAACCAAAUGAGAAAGCACAUAGACCCCUGAAAAAAUAUUACCAGCUCCGAACAAAUUUCAAACAAGUUGCAGACCAGAUCUUACGUGCAGACCAUUGGAGCCUUGUAUCGGCAUGGAUUUGCUAUCGCCUCAAUGAUCUCAAUGACUAUAACGCAAGAAAGGAAGUGAGUGCUCUUGGUGGUUCAGAUUUGGAUUUGGACACAGAUGACACAGCCCUGGACGAGAGAGUUACACCUAGAUUGGAGUCCACUGGCAGCUUUCAUAUCAAGCUUGGUUCAUGUCAGCAUAUAUCCUCGAUAAAUGCCAUUCAGCAAGCACACCUCGAAGACCCAGCAUUUCAUCAGUUUCAUACCAAAAUUAACCGCUUUCUUAACACGAUACCCAUCAUUACACGGAAUGGACAUGUUGCACUUGAAUUGGGUGCUGAUACAAAUUCCAGUUACUUGCAAGCAAACUUCGAGUCGACGGUUGAUUUUUGGACAUCAAAAGACUACCUCCACUGCUCCCCGAUGUUCCACAAUGUGCCGAGAUAUGACUCCGUCAUUAUCAGGACCCAAGAUGGGAUCAUCUUUGGUCACUUGAUCUUCAUAUUCAUGUGCUUGGUUGGAGAUGCAAGUUACCCCAUGGCUCUCAUUCAUCCUUGUGAAGCCCCUAUUCCAAAUUGA